AAGCUGAGACUUAAUUUGUUAGGUGUUAUUUUUUUGUUUGUUCCCAUAUUACAGGGAUUGUCGCCGUCAGGCUGCAAAUGAGCCAAGAACACUGCUGAUAAUCCCAACGCUGCCCGGAUCCACCCUGUAUUCAUUUUUUCAUAUUUUAAGUAGUUAUUUUAGAUUUUCCGUCUAACAGCAGGUUGCUUUCAGUUUUCUUGCCCUCAUUACUGCUGGAAUACAAAUCUCUAGUUCUGUUAUCCUUGCACAGGGGGUGUUGUUACGUGUCUGUUUUUUCCUAUAGCUCGGGCAGCUGGGUGUGCUUGAGGUUCAGAUUAGAUAUGAGAGGAGAAAACUGGGUGAAGAUCUAACUCUGCCUGGACACAUUCUCUACUUUUUGUACAGAUUUUUUUUUCUAUCGACCGAGUAGCAGACUGGGUUGGUGGAUUUAUUUUUCCCCCUGGAUGUGACAGUUUGAGCCAUGCUGCUGUCCCUGCUGCUGCUCCUCUGUCUGCAAACUUCACUGCAAGAACAGACUUCUCCUCCGGGUCGAUGUGAUAUCUCACAGAGGUUGGACGUGCACACCUCCUGCACUUCCUGUGCCGCCGCUGCCGCUAGCAGCUGCCCCCGUGGCUUCAGCAGCGUGGGCACCACCAACUGCAGUUACGUGGUGCAGAUCGGCGGCAGGGAGAUGGAGCUGGAUGGAUGUCAGCACAUCUGUGUGAAGAGGUUCAUGCAGCCGCAGUGCUGCCCACAGCACUGGGGACCGCUGUGUCUCUCCUGUCCCAGCUGGUCAGGGAAGACUUGUAACUUCCGUGGAGUCUGUCUGGAUGGAGACCUCGGCAACGGGACGUGCGUCUGUGAUGACGGGUUCUCUGGCUUCGCCUGUCAGGAGUGUAAGAAUCAGAACGCUUUUGGAGAAAAGUGUGAUAAAGAGUGUGACUGUGUGCAUGGAGUGUGUAAUAAAGGUCCAGAGGGUGAUGGACAGUGUUUGUGUCAGCCACCGUACACUGGGAAGCGCUGUGACCAAGUCAGCUCCGGGUGCAGUAGCUGCAGCCCCUACUCAUUCUGUAAAGGAGAGGGAGACACCGCCUACUGCGAAUGUUUGCCCGGAUACAGGAAGACGUCACAGCGCAGAUGCGCAAGUAUUUGUUCAGUGAGGGACUGUGAUGUCAACGCCCAGUGCUCCUCAGACGGGUCAAAGGUCAUCUGCCUCUGUAAGCCCGACUACCAGGGUGACGGCAAGAUCUGUGUACCCAGAAACCCAUGCAGUGACAACAAUGGAGGGUGUCCCAUCAACUCCACCAUCUGUGUCUUUAAAGGACCCAACAAGUCCAGCUGUGAGUGUAUGUUUGGUAUGUCCCCUAUAGGUGGCAGUCCUGAGUUUGGCUGUCACCUGGUUUCUGCCUGCUCAGCAGACACCUGUGACCCCACAGCUGUCUGCCAGACUGAACUGGAUGGACAACCCAGGUGUGUGUGUGAGGCAGGUCAGAUUGGUGACGGCCGGCGUUGCUAUGGUAACCUGAUGGAGCGGCUCAUAGAGCUUGGCAGGAGCGGAAGCCAGAGAGAAAAUCUGACCGAAACCGUCGCCCUGUUUGAGAGAGGCUGUUCACUGCUGCUGAGUCACAACGGACCUUUCACAGCUUUCAUCCCCCUGCUGAAAACACCUCUAACUGGUGUUAAUGAGGAGCUGGUUUGUAAAAACCACCUGAUCCUGGGUCAGCACCUCUACAAGGAUCUGGAGGGACGAGACUUCAACCUUUACGGAGGAGCCAAGUUGAGGAGUAAAGACAACAAGAGGUUCAUCUUGAUGGACGACCCCAGAAGAAUGUACACCAUCCUCCAGGAAGACUUGCCAGCGGCAAAUGGGAUCAUCCACAUCAUAGACCGGCCAAUCACAAACACACUUAAUGACAGGCCUCCUCGUGACGAACAGUUUGCUGAUGUGACUGUCGGAGAGAUUCUGACUAAGGACGGAAAAUAUAACCGGUUCCUGUCUCUGGUUGAUAACUGUGGUUCACCCCCCCCUCUACGGGGUCCGGGACCCCUGACUGUGUUCAUCCCCACCAACCAAGCUGUGGACCGAGCCAGAGAUGGCAGUAUCCUGUACAUGCUGAACGAUGCCACACAUAAACUUCAGGAACUCCUCAGACACCAUGUUUUCUCCCAGGCUGUGCUGACAGUCGACGAUUUGGCUGCUCUUCCUAAGAUUCUGACGAUGGCCAAUCAGAUCGUCACCAUUGCUGUGUCUGAUGAUGGUGAUAUCCUAUUGGGGGAGAAGGGCAUCCGUCUGGUGACCACCAACAUUGUGGCGUCCAACGGAAUCAUCCACAUGAUUGACGGACUGCUGUACCCGCCCUCCAUCCUCCCCAUCCUACCUCACCGCUGUGACGUCAUCGAGAGCAAGAUCACCGUGGGACAAUGUGUUCACUGCAGUUAUCUCUAUGAGACAGAGUGUCCAGAUGGCAGCACUGAAAUGGACAGUCAUCAGGUCGGCUGUGAAUACGUCACAUCUCCUCUGAAGCCAACACUUAGUAAAGGCUGUGCCAAAUACUGCAACACCACCAAACAGGUAGCAGAGUGUUGUAAAGGUUUCUACGGUCCAGACUGUAAACCCUGUAUUGGAGGAUUCCAGCAUCCGUGCUACGACAAAGGAACGUGCUUUGACGGUAUCCAUGGCAACGGCUCAUGCAGCUGUCAGUCAGGCUUCAAGGGUGUUGCCUGCCACAUCUGCUCUGAUCCAUCCAAGCAUGGAGACAAAUGUGACGAAGAGUGUCUGUGUGUCCACGGUUUGUGUGAUAACCGUCCAGGCAGUGGUGGUGUGUGUCAGAGAGGAUCUUGUAUGGAGGGAUACUCUGGAGAAAACUGUGACAAAAUGGCCACGCCCUGCAACUCUGACGGCCUGCAGGAACACUGUCACAUCCACGCAUACUGUACACACACAGGACUGCAUACUAUCUGUGUGUGUAGGGAUGGAUACGAGGGUGACGGUCACUCCUGUUCUCCCAUCAACCAUUGCCUGAAGAGCAACCGAGGAGGCUGCGACACCAACGCAGAGUGUGUGUAUGUGGGUCCAGGUAACGUGUCCUGUGUGUGUGUUGAGGGUUGGACAGGUGAUGGCAGAGUGUGUGUGGAGAUUAACAACUGUCAGCUGGAGAGUCGAGGAGGCUGCAGCCCCAACGCCGACUGUAACCACAUCGGACCCGGACAGAGUGAGUGUAUAUGUAAAAGAGGAUACAUGGGGAACGGGAUCGUGUGUGACCUGAUCAACCCCUGCCUGAAAAAUAACGGCGGCUGCCAUGACCUGGCAAAGUGUGAGAUGAAUAAGAGCGGCAUUCACAGCUGUAUCUGUCCUGAUGGCUACGCUGGAGAUGGAACCAUCUGCUUUGGAUCAUUACUGGAGGAGCUGGACAUGAACUCACAGCUGCACAGUUUCUCCCGACUGAUGCAGAGGUAUAGUCACCUCUCUGAGGACCUGAGUGGGAACUUCACAGUAUUGGUUCCGUCCAGAGAAGCUCUGAAGAACAUGAGUUCUCAGCAGAGCUGGUCGUUCUGGACCAGCCGACACCAUCUGCCUCACCUCCUGCGGGCCCACAUCCUGCCGGGGAUCUACUCUCUAGAAGAUCUGGACAGACUGGUGGGCAGCAGGCUGGUCACCCUGAACCCCCCCACUGACUGGAAGAUCAGCAACAGCAGCGGGGUAAUCCACAUUGGAAACGCCUCCAUCCUCGCACACAACCUACCCGCAACGAACGGCUACAUUCACAUCAUAGACCAGUUGCUGGCCCCAUCCCGCUCAGAUCUGCCCCCCGAGCCUGCCACGCUGAUGGCCUUCCUGAACUCCUCCUCCAACUUCACUCUCUUCAGACAGUACGCUCUGAUGUACAACCUGUCAGAGGACUUGGGUGUGUUUGAUUUCACCCUCUUGCUGCCGACAGACGAUGCCAUCAGGCAGCACCUCAGUAGGACUAACUCCUCCCUCCUGGACUCAGAUAUUUUCAAGUACCAUGUAAUUCUGGGUGAGCUACUCUUUCCUGACCACUUGUCUGAUGGCACGUUGAAAAGCACUCUGCUGGGCACCGACUACCAGGUCCAGUUCCACUUAAACGACAACAACCAGACAGUUGUGAACAACGUUCCUCUUGACGGCAGUUUUAUUGAGAUGCAGUAUGGUGUCAUCAUGGUCCUCCCUCAGGUCCUCAAAGUCCACCGCAACAGAUGUAGCAAACAAAUCACCCUGCAGGUCAAUGGAAGGUGUUCAGACUGUGAUGGACCACCUCGAUGUCUCUUCAACUACAAACCAAUCAGAGCAGAGUUUCCACCCAACAUGCGGCCCAACUGUAAAUACAGGAAGAGGGUUGGCUCCAGGAAGAAGUCAGUGCCAGGCUGUAUCAUCAAAUGUCUUCGGUUUACUACGGAUCACUCCUGUUGCCCCGGUUACUUUGGCCACGAGUGCUUCAAAUGCCCUGGGGACGUCGGCAGCUGGUGCUCCAAUCACGGGGAGUGUCAGGACGGUCACCAUGGCAACGGGGAGUGCCGUUGCUACGAGGGUUUCCAUGGCACUGCUUGCGAGGACUGUGAGCCGGGACGAUAUGGAGUCAACUGCUCCUCCAAGUGUGUGUGUGACCACGGGAAGUGUGAGGACGGUCUGGCAGGAAGCGGCAGGUGUGUGUGUUACAAAGGUUGGAAAGGAGUGUCCUGCUCUGCAGAGAUCAAGGAUGACGCCUGUGGAGGUGUGUGUGACGAGAACGCCAACUGUAUAACAGGGCCAAAGGGAGCAGCUGCUGCUUGUGUGUGUGUGGCGGGAUAUGAAGGCAACGGAACCUACUGCAAAGAGCUGGAUUUGUGCAGCAGAUUUAAUGGUGGAUGUUCAGAGUUUGCCGUCUGUAUGAAAGUCUCAGCAGGAGAAAGGAUGUGUACCUGUAAAGAGGGGUACACUGGAGACGGGGUCAUCUGCCUGGAGAUAGACGGCUGUCUGAUCAACAACGGGGGCUGCCACAAGUCAGCAGACUGCAUCAGAGCAGGCCCCAAAAUUACGGCUUGCAGGUGUCAGACGGGCUUCCAAGGAUCGGGGAGGUUCUGUUUUCCUGUCAACCCCUGCAGAAACAACAACGGCGGCUGCAGUAAGUAUGCUCGCUGUGAGUACAUGGGUCAGGGUCAGAGGAACUGCUCCUGCACCAGAGGCCACAUAGGCGAUGGCUUCGAUUGCCGGGGAAACACCAACAAUGAGCUGUUCCAACAGUCAGAGAAUGCCUUCUUCACUCAAAUGCUAUCCCAAUCAGAUAUGCGUAAUGUUUAUGGUGACGGACCAUUCACUGUCUUCGUCCCUGUAGAGGAAACCAGCAACAAGUCCUCUAUCGAUGAGUGGAAGGCGUUCGGUAGUCUCACUGACCUGGUUCGUUACCACAUCGUUUCCUGUGAGACUUUGACCUUGAGUGACCUGAAAACCACUGAGCGUGCCGUCUCAGUGUCGGGACACGUGCUGCACUUCAGCCUACUGCAGGGUUCAGUCUGGAUCAACAACAGAUCACGGAUCGUGAAGAGUGAUUACACCACAUCGAACGGAGUCAUUCACCACAUCGAUACGCUGCUUAUGCCUUACAGGCUGCAGGACAGACCACGUAUCCAGCCUAAAAUGAUGAACUUUACCUCAGCAGCUAUGUUUUAUGGCUACAGCCGCUUCUACAAACUUGUUGAGGAUGCAGGGUUACUCCCUGUGCUCCACAUGUCCAUCCACCAGCCGUUCACCAUGUUCUGGCCCACAGACGAGGCCCUCAACUCCCUGCCAGCUGAACGACUGCGCUGGCUCUCCAGCCCCGACCACCAUGAACAACUGGCUGCUACUGUGAAGGCUCACAUCAUACGCAACGCUAGGCUGAUGGGUCUUAGUCUGCCAGAUAGAUUCUCGUCAAUCCGCACCAUGCACGGCUCCACCAUCAAGUACAGCUGUGACAGGACCCUGGUGGGGGCUGUAUUGAUUAAUGGUAACGAGGCCAGGUUAGUGGAGCGCUACCUGACCUUCAAAGAGGGCCUGGCCUAUGGAAUCGACCAGUUACUGGAGCCACCUGGCCUGGGAGCGUACUGCGACAGCAUCGAAAACCGAACAACUUACGGGCGCUGUGGAAGCUGCAUGUUUACUCCAUCCUGCCCCCUCAGGCACCACGAUACGGGAAAGACGGAUCGUUGUUUGAAAUUUCGCUCCAGCUUUGGGACCGGCUACCGACAUUGGUAUCCCGGCCUGGACGAUCAUUUCAGCCGGAUGGGCUGUAACAGAGUUUGUCAGUUUCCUUCCUGGGUCCAAAAGUGCUGCAAAAACCACUACGGCCGAGACUGUCAAGUUUGUCCAGGCGGUUUGGAGGCCCCUUGUGGCAACCACGGUCACUGCGACGAUGGUCUGCACGGUUCAGGAAGGUGUGGGUGCGACAUGGGCUUCAGAGGAAAAGCCUGCGAACUGUGUGACACCGGCCACUACGGCCCCAACUGCACAGUCUGUAGCUGUGGGAAGCAGGGAAGGUGUGAUGAGGGUAUUGAAGGUUCUGGACAAUGUGUCUGUAACCCAGGCUGGGAGGGCGAUCGCUGCCAGAACAAAAUAGGCUCGAUCCCAGAGGAGUGCCGGCAGUGCCAUGCUCAGGCCGACUGUGUGCCAGGUGUUGGUUGUCAGUGUAAAUCUGGGUUUGAGGGGAAUGGCACCUUCUGCAGCCCAGAGCCACCUCCAGACUUCUGCUCCGAGUAUAACGGCGGCUGUCACCAGAACGCAGACUGUUACCAGACGGGACUGGUCGUCAACUGCACCUGUCACAGUGAUUACCAAGGCGAUGGUUACUCCUGUGAGCCCAUCAACAGGUGUAUUGAGGAGAUGAAUGGUGGCUGCAGUGACUUCGCCUCCUGCGAGUUCACUGGUCCAAACGAGCGAGAGUGUGAGUGCCUGCCAGGGUAUGUGGGUAAUGGAGUCCAGUGUCUGGAGAAGGUGGUGCCCCCUGUUGACCGCUGCCUGGAAGACAAUGGAGGCUGCGACCCUGUGGCCUCCUGCAAAGACCUGCAUUAUCAUGCCGACACAGCUGGAGUGUUCCACCUGCGCUCUCCAGAGGGGAAGAACAAAAUGAACUUCAGUCAAGCCGCCGCUGCCUGCCAGGCUGAGGGCGCCACGCUGGCCAACUUUAAACAGAUGGGAGAUGCACAGCAGCUGGGGAUGCAUCUGUGCGUGGCCGGCUGGAUGGAGGGGGGGAGGGUGGGAUACCCGACCCUCUACCCCUCAGUCAAGUGUGGAAACAACCACGUGGGCCUGGUUAUGAUGGAAGACCCUGUGGACCAGAGCGGCAAAUACGACGCCUACUGCUACAGGCUCAAAGACGUUUCAUGUGCAUGUCCCGCUGGUUACAUUGGAAACGGAGACUUCUGUAACGGCGUCCUGACCAGUGUCCUCGCAACAUACAGCAACUUCUCCAUCUUUUACAAGUUGCUGUUGGAUUACAGCGACUCGACCUCGGACGGCAAACAGCUCAUUGAAUUUCUAUCUCACAGGAAAUCUGAGGUCACACUGUUUGUUCCUCAUAAUGCCGGCUUCGCCCAAAACCAGACUCUGUCUGGUAGAGAUCUUGAGUAUCACAUCUCAGCCAACCACAGCAGACGACCAUUCAAGGAUCUGGGACAUGAUGAAGUCAUCGCGUCGCGGCUCGGGUUCAACCUGACUGUUACCCAUGGCAGCAACGAGAGCUGUAAACUGGUGAACAAGCGGCUGCUGUUGGAGUGGGACAUUCCCGCCAUAAAUGGGAUCAUCCAUGUCAUUGAGGCCCCGCUGACAGCGCCCCCACCGGUGAUCUCCCACGAUGCUUCCCGAAGCCACGCCCACUCCAGCGGCACGGCGUCGGCCAUCUUGGUGUCGGUUUUGUUGGCAUGUGUGUUGGCUGCGCUCGGCUACUAUGUCUUCAAACACAAGACCGAUGCUUUCCGCUUCCACUACUUCCAAAAUGAGGGUGAGGACGGUGCAGUGGGAGGCAGGACCAAACCCACACUGGUCUCAAUCCCAAACCCCCUGUACAGCGGCUCCAGGGCCUUCAGCGAGCCGUUUGGGGACAACAGUCAGGGGGCCGAGCCAGAAGAACCUGAAGAACCUCCAAAGAUUUUGGACUUGGACCAGUAAAACCAGUUGAACCAGUAAAACUGGAGGUGUCUGUUUACAAACCACAGUAACCUGUUGGCUGUAUCAUGGUUCCGCUUUUUUUUUUUUUUCAGUUUACUUAACCCAGUUGGUCUCUGGGAGGAAAAUCAAAUCAGUAUUUUUAUUAGCAAUCAGUCAAAUGAUUCUGUGUAAUGUGAAAGUGUUUCUGGUAGCUGGGAAGCCACCCGAGAAUUAUAAACAAACGCAAUGGCUCUAUGGUGAUUUUUAGGCUGUUUUAGCUCCUACUUUUGGUUUUAUGGUUUUACUGUAUGGCUCAGUCUCAGCAGACAGCAUUGGACUUACAUUCAUUAGUUGGAAACAAACAUGACUCCAAUGGGACGAUGAUAUUGCUCUGUGUCUACUGGAUAUGGAAGUAGGUUUGCCAAUACGUUAGCCACAGCGGCUUCAUGCUUUUAUUGUAAUAAAUAAAUAUCUUUGUUACUGAUUCUUCUAUGAUGGACAAAAGCUCUGAGACGAAGAGCUUGGCACACACACAGCCUUAAGGUAUUUUUGACCACUAGUGAGCAGAAAAGCCCUAAAAAAAACAAAAUGCAAUGGGCAUAUAAUUUAUUUUUUUUUAACAGGCUUAUGGCUAACAUUUCAGCACACACAACAUUAUCAACCCACUGGAGUUGUGUUUAUUUCCACCUGAGUCUAAUAUUCACUCUCCUUUUGACUCUUAUUUGUUCUCCACCAACUGCUGAGAACCGUGUCUGGCUCUUAAGCUGGUAAAUGCUCCAAUUUUUUCACCAGCGAGUCUCUAACUGUGUCCGUCUGCUGAGCUGAGAGCAGCUGGUUUUGUAAGUCCAGAGAAAAAAAAAAAACCCUGCAUAGAGAUACAGAGUUGGUUGUUAAUUCAAAGACAAAUCCUGAUUUAUCUUGUUCCUCUGCAGCUCAGAUGUUGUCCAAAAACUAUUAAACACACAUCAGUGAGACGCACUGUUGCACU